AUGGCAGACGCAUACGGGCGCGAAGAACAAAACAACGCGCUCCUCUCGUCGCUCUCGCAAAAGACCUCGGCCCUGAAACACAUCACGCUGGACAUCUAUGACAAUGCGCGCAGUCAGGGCACGCUGGACAACACCAACGAGGUCUUCAGCAGCAUGAGCACAAACAUCCGCGGCAGCGCCGGCCGUUUGACACGCAUGGCGCGGCAGGGCGACAAAGUCGCCGUCUUGAAGGUCGCGGGCAUCAUCGUCGUGGGGGGCCUGCUGGUGUGGUGGAUCGGGGGGUGGAUACUGGGCUUGUUCUUCGGACGGUGA